GGGACAAAAGAAAACCUGCCAGGAGAGAUUGAGAUUCACCCCAGCCGAAGCCCAGCGAGGCCAUGCUCACGCUAUGACCACUACAAUGUUUCGGUCUGUAAUGUUGACAGUCCUCCUGAUGCAUAUCAUUCUGGUAUCUCAUGGUGCUCAGUGUUUGGAGCCUGAGGAGGGAUCCUCUCUGCGUUCAGGUGCCCUGGACCUCCCGUGGCAUGAUGAGCUGUGCUGUGACUCACCUUCAGCCCACCACAUUGUGGAGGGAGAUGCCACGCUCGCACCGAAGACAAACCGCUCUGAAUCAAACCUCCCACAUUAUCCCCUCUGCAGCUUCAGGAGCUCGACAACCAAAUCACAUCCUCACGAGCCCUCUGGCGGCACCUGUUUGGACAUACUGUGCAGAAUUGAUGAAAACUGGGAAAAUUUAAUAUGUGACCUUCAGACUCGAGGUCCGCUGGAUGCUGGUCUCAUGGCAGUUAAUUUACAGCGUCUGUUGUCGCAGAAAGACGACACAGAGGUGAAGGAUGGGAAUACUGCACCUGAUAAUCCUGUCGUCUGUAAGGUGGAGGAUUCCUUCACGUGUUCAGUAACUCUUGACGCUACGACAAGCUUUGUCACCGUGGUAACCGUCAGCAUCUCCGAUGCCGUCGCUCCGCCAGUUUUCCUCAGGAUUCCUGCCCAACCUGUGAAGCCAAGUCCUCCAGUCAACCUGUCACACAUUCAGACCAUUGAGGCAGAACUGAUUGUCCUCUGGGACGACCCGUCAGACUCUGAUACCGGUCCGCUGAGAUACGAAGUCCGACACUCUUCUAACACCACUCACCCAGCCUGGCAGGUGGUGUCUGUACCUGCAGAGCCUAGGUUGUCUCUGGAGCUGAAGCCCAGACUGAACUACACCAUCCAGGUCCGCUGCUCUAGCCUGGACGAGCCUCCGGUGUGGAGCGAGUGGAGUGAACCUCACCACAUCUACCUGGACACGGUGAGCUACAUCCCUGAGAAAGUGGUGGCGCGACCGGGGGAGUACGUAACGGUGUAUUGCGUGUUCAACGACCACAGCAUCAACGCCAGCACGGCCAUGUGGGUGCUCAACUUCAAACAGGAGCUUGAUCGCAGCCUGUACCACCCGGUCAACCAGCGGGUCAGCCAGAUCACAGUACGUCCUUCGGAGACUCGGAUGUACGACCUGCUGCGGUGCACUCAGAAGUGGAGCAUCCCGUACAGCCAGAUCUAUGUAGAAGGAGCUUCCAUCGAUAUUAAAUGUGAAACCAACGGUGAUAUCGAUGCUAUGGACUGCAGCUGGGUGAACAAACAGUUUACUAAACCCACAUUCAGAUCCAGGUGGGCUGACCUGCCGUGUGACGUGAUGGAGGAGAGGGAAAGAGCAGGGGAGAGAGUCGGGGAGAUGGGGCCCUCUUGCCUGCCGGUCCGAUCCAGGCAGGAAAAAUGCACCAUCCACCCUCUGAGGAUGAACUGCUACAAGCUGUGGCUGGAGGUGGGCCCCAUCAGGUCUAAACCCAUCUACCUGUCGCCCAUCGAUCAUGUGAAACCCCACUCACCCACUAAUGUGAAGGCAGUGAGCCGAAGCAACGGGGUGCUGAUGGUCACAUGGGAGCCUCCGUCUCUGCCCGUCGAGGGGCUCCAGUGUCAGUUUCGGUACCACUCACCGUCCGCUGUGAGACCGGAGUGGCAGGUCCAGAGUCCAGUGCGUGUCCCGUGGGCGGAGGUCGCGGUGUCGGACAUGUGCCGGGUGUAUGUGGUGCAAGUACGCUGCAUGCACACCAACGGCACCGGCUACUGGAGCGAAUGGAGCGAUUCGGUCUACUCCACACCUCAAAACAGCAGAGCUCCUGAGCGUGGCCCUGAUUUCUGGAGAAUCCUUCAAGAUGAUCCAUACAGAAACCAGACUAAUGUCACUCUGCUAUUUGAGCAUCUCCAAAUAUCAGGGCGCUCUUACUGCGUAGAUGGAUUCAUAGUCCAGUACCAGGCGUCGAGUGGCUCUGUGAUGAGGGAGAAGAUCGAGCUGGCGUCCUCCUACAGCUUUGAGUGGAAUCAGGUGCUCCAAACUGUCACUGUGGAGGCCUACAAUAAUCUGGGAAGCUCCGCUAACAAUAUCAACAUGACGCUGGAGAGACAGCCCAAACGCCGCUGUUUGCGUUCAUUCAGCGUGGUGGUUAUCAACAGCACCUGUGUGUCUCUGUCCUGGAGUCUGUUGGACAACAGCUCUUUGCCUCUGUCCAUGGUGGUCCAGUGGUCCCCACAGAGGCAACAGGACUCUGAUCAUCACAAAGGCCGGAGUGGAGAUACAUGGGCCAGACUGCCCUACACAGACCGUCCCAUCUAUCUGAGAGGUGAUUUCUUGGGCUCUGACGAGUCUGGCUUCUACGUAUACCCUGUUUUUACUGAUGGAGAAGGGGAGCUGAUGUAUGCUAUAGCCACCAGAGGAGACCCUGCAGCCUACAUGAUGCUGAUGAUCAUCUCCUUCCUUUCCAUUGUCCUCUUCGUCACCCUGAUCCUCUCCCAAAACCAGAUGAAAAAGUUUGUGUGGAAGGAUGUUCCCAACCCAAACAAGUGCUCCUGGGCCAAAGGACUAGACUUCAAAAAGGCUGACAACUUUGACCACCUGUUCAGACCUCCAGAUGGCCUGUCAGCCUGGCCGCUGCUCCUGCCGUCUGAGAACAUUUCCAAAGUCGUUGUAGUGGACAAGAUGGAUCUCUCAGCUCUGACUACAGUUUUAGUCCAAGCCCCACUGGACCCAGCCACUGCCUUUUCUCUCACCCUUCCUCCAGGGUUUGACUCGGAGGUCGAACAAGCCCAACCCAUGAAGAGUGAGGUGCUCCUAGCUGGAGCUCCUUUUUUAGCCCUUAAUCUAGAUACUAGUUCAAGCCCAAGUAUAGAACAGUUACAGCUAGUCGAUCCCCCAACAGACCAGCCUCCAGGCAGCAACGACAGCUCCGCUCAGUCUUCAGUCACAUACGCCACUGUGCUGCUCUCUGUACUGAAGCAGGAGCAGCAGCCCGCUCAUCUCCACUACAAGGACGGUAGCGGCAGCAGCUCCAGCGACGAGGGUAAUUUCUCUGCCAACAACUCAGACAUUUCCGGGUCUUUCCCUGGCGGCCUGUGGGAGCUGGACAGCUGCCGAGGCGGAGAGAUGGACGACCCGCGGCGCUCCUGCUCCUACAACUCCGUGGAGGAGCUUUCUGAAACGUCAGAGCAAGAAGACGAAGAAGAGGAGCCGAGAAAAGAGAAGGACUUGUAUUAUCUAGGAAUGGACUAUCCGGUGGAGGAUGAGGACAGCGAGGAAGACGAGGGGCAGAGAGAAGAGGACACGCGUAUUGAGCUGCUUAAAAAUGUAGUUUUGAACAUAGAGGACUGUUCUGUGGAGUCACACCCUUUGCUCGGCCCUGAGGACUCUAGCAAGCUGCUCUCGACGUCGACGUGUGGCUUCUCUCCGCUGUACCUGCCUCAGUUCAGAACUGCUCCGUGCACGAGGCAACUCACAGCGCAACCACAAGACAGCACCCGAGCCGUGACUCUCACACAGACUGCAUUUCAAUGAAAAUGUACACCUUUAAAUCCGUCGUGUCACUGACUGCGUCAUAAUUCAGCAUUUACCAAAGCAGAUUUGCACAGACAUAGUGAGGUGUGGAGCUGAAAAAAUGUAAAAAUACCUUGACUGAUGUGUGAUUGCAUAUUGAUGUUCAUCAAUGCUGCUAUUGUGUUCUGUGGGGAAAGACGUCAGGAGGGCACAAGCCUCAGUUAUUAGGCAUUUCUUUCUUUCUUUAUGGGGCUUUAAACCCCAGAUUCAACUGUGCCACACUGCUCUUCUGCACUCAGUUACUGAUGCAGGAGCUCCUGCUGAGAAAAUUUCAAUAGAGAUUAGGCUGGUGGACUCAUGUACAGCCCUCACAGAGAGCAGCAGGCAGACUGUACAAUCAGUGCAUUGGUCAGGAAAGGAGUAAUAGAGGUGGUAGGCAUCUUGUGGCUUCAAACAUCUUAUACAUGCAGCAUAUUUCACUGGUGGUCAUGCCUUAGAUGCAUAUAAAAAAAGAUGUGGGAAUUGCUGUGUGUGCCUACAUUCGCUCAUCUGCUGCCACCGUAAUGUAGAAAACAAGUUGUGUUUCAUUCUCUGCUGAAUCAUUUCAGCUACAUUUCAAGUGAAACAUGGAAGAGGUUCAAAGAGAAUAAAUAAAUGCGCAGAAAGCUAGAGAGAAAAGGCCCAUAAUCUGCUUUCCUCAAAGCACAUUAGACUGUGAAGUGAAGGAAAACCUUGGGUGUCACUCCAAAGCUAUCGGUGUGACUAAAUGAAAGGUUAGCGAUGAAAACGGAUGAGUAGUUGCAGGUGAUUGAAUUUACUGCAUUUGUAAUCAGCUUGCACAACAACAUCUGCAUGCACUAACCCACCCGCCAACCCAAAGAAUGUAUUCUUGUACUUUGUGCUGUAAUGUAUUUGAGACUUGGUUACAGUUUGUGAGAUAUGUGAUAUCUAUUUUGUUCUGUUUGGCCAUUGACAUAAACACCUGCUGUCCGGUGUAAAUAAAAGACAAAAGAAUGUAUCUUUAAAACCAGAUAAAGACAGAAAUAUUGGUUGACAGAAGUUGUUAUUGUAUAUUGAGAUAUUCCGUUUAUUUUUCAUGGUGGAAAUAAAGUGUUUAUUGUGA